AUGAAUAACCAAAAUGAUGAAAGCAUUGAUAACUACAAAGAAAAACUAUUUUAAAGUUUUAAAAAUACUGGAGUUUUAGAUUAAGUCAAAACUCAGCUCCGUCAUAAAAUGAUGGAGAAAUUAGUUCAAUCCUAAAAAUAAUAAAAUUUAUAAAUACAAUAGUUAGACAAUUAAAAAUAAUUAAGAAAGCGUUUAUUAGCAAGUCUAAUAAAUGAAUAUAUGGAUUACGAAUAAUUCCAUUAUUCUCAAAGUAUAUAUUUACCAGAAAGUGGAUUUGCACAAAAAACAUUGAUUCGUUAAGAAAUUUAGGAUAUAAUGAAUAUAGAAGAAAUAAAUUAGAAAGAAAGUUUAUUAGAAAAUCUUAUAUAAAUUCAUUUAAAACCAGAAAAAAGAGUUUCUAAAAACAAUUCAAGUACACAAACAGAACACGCAGAUGCAGUUUUUAAUUUAGAGCAGCGUUUAAAUUCUGUAGAUAAUUAAUUUAAAGAAAAAGUAAAAGAAAUAAGUUGUUAUACUUAAGGAGAUAUGGAAGAAAGACUUUAAAAAUAUAAAAGAGAUUUUGAAAUUCGAAUGAAAGCUGAAAUGAAUACAGAAAUUGUAAGAAUUCGCGAAUUCGAAAUUAGCCAAAUUCGAAUGGAAGAGUAAGAAAAAAACAGAAAAGUAAUGUAGGAUUAUAGAGAAGAUUUAGAGAAAAAUUAUAUGGAAAAAUUAGCCAAAUUAAGGGAUAGAGAAAAGGAUAUUUUCGAAAAAUGUAAUUAGAAAAUGAAAGAAAUAGAGAGCUUAAAUCAUGGACAUAGAUAAAAAAUUUUAAAGGACUUCGAAUUAAUUAGACUCAGGGAAGAAUAAAUUGAAAAACAAAAAGCUUUAAAUGAGGAAAGUGAGAAAUUGGGAAAGGCUAAAAUUACAAAUUUGGAGAAAGAAUUGAAAGAAAAAAUAAAAAAAGCAGAAGAUAGUUAAUUAAUUAUUGAAAAGAAAUAUAAUAAUGAUAUUGCUUAUAGUAAAUUAGAAGCUCAUAGAGAACUUGAGGUUGAAAAAUUGGAAUUAUUGGAAAAAAAAAAAAUUCUUGAUGAAGAUUUAUAUAAGAUUAAAUAAAUGAAAGUAUUUUUUUUAAAUUAAUUUACUGAAUAAAAUAAAAAACUAGCUGAGGAUAAUAGAAAAUUAACGGAAGAUUUACACGAAACAAAAAGGAAAAAGAAAGAAUUCGAAAUCGAAAUAAAUUAAAUAAGGGAAAAUAUGAGAAAUGUAUCAGAAUCAUAUAGAAGAGAUUAAGAAAUAAUAAAAAAUUAUGAAUAAAAGAUAAAAAUAAAAGAAGAAGAAAUAAAUUUCUAUAAAAAUGCUUUAGACGAAAGUAAAAAAAUGAGCGAAUAAAUUAAAAUGAAUUAAAUUGAUUAAUUAAAAAAUUAUAAUAAUGAUAUUUAAGGUUAUUAGGACAAAAUAGAAGAAUUAGAAACGAAAAUUAAAGAAUAUAGAAAAGUGUAAAUGUAAAAUUAAGAAUUAAUUUCUUAAAAAUAAUAAUAAUAAUAAUUUAAUUAAAAUUAAUAGUUAUAUAAUAAUAAUAAUGAAAAUAGAAAUAGUAUGAAUAAUUAAAAUUUUAUUUAGAAAGAACUAGAAGAUCUUAAAAAUAAAAGAAAUAAAUAAAUUUAAAUGUUUUAAAGAGAAAAUGAUUACUUGGAUAAAAAUAAUUCUUUAUAAAAUUAUAAAAUUUUUGAUCUUUAAAAUAAUAAUUUUGGAUAAAAAUAAUUUUUUUUUAAUGAUAAAAAUCUAAUAGAAGAAUCAUUUCGUGAAGAAAUGGAUUAUUUAAAAUAUGAACAAAAAUUAAUGUAAUAAUCAAAAGAAUAAGAAAAAUCAGUUGAAAAUAAUUAAUUAACAAAUUCAAGAUUGAGAGUUUUUACUGAAGUAGAAAGGUCAAGAAAUAGGAAAAAUACAGAAGAUUUUGUUAUUAAAAAGACUUAAAGUCCUACCCGACCUAUAAGUGAUAAGAAAGAUUUAUUAGAUAAUUUGGAGAAAAAUAAAAGUAAUUUUUAUAAAUAAAGCGAAUAAUUACAAUAAUAAAUUAAUACGGAUGUUUCUUAGGAAGGAAAAAAUGAUGUUUUUUCAAAUAAAAAUUUAUUGGAAAUUCCUGAUAUUUAUUAAAAAUAAAAAUAAAAAAUAAUUAAUAUAUCUUUGAAGAUAUUCAUGAUUCUCCUAUUGAAAAUAAAAAUAAGAAUUAUAAUAGUAAUAAUAAUAAUGAUUAUUAAAAUAAAGGCUAACCAUUAGAUUAUGAAAAAAAGAAAAAAGAUGAUUUUUCGGUAAAAAAAGAAGAAGAAAAAAAAAAACGGAAGAAAGAAAAAAACGGAUGAAAAAAAGAUGAUUUUUAAGAAAUUAAAGAUGAUUUUUAAGAAAAAAAAUUGA